UUCGAUAAACUGAAGAGUUACUGGUGUCCGAUUCAUUUUCUUCAUCGUUACUACAGCUUUGAGAUCAGACUUUCGCCAUUAAAAGCAUCUGAGCUUCAAACCAUCUCCAACCAUGCCUUCAGUUACAGGCCUCGGCGCUCUUCUUCUCACCGCUUUGGCAUGUUGUGUGGGCAUCUUGGCUCAGCAACCAGACACCCCCACCACUACCCUCAACGUCACCACCAACACCACCAUCAACACCACCCUUUGGAGAACCGUCACCCUCAACGCCACAUACGCAUCACGUCCUGUGGCCCCUACACUUCUCCCAGUCGCUCCUUACCCACGCCCUGCGACACCAACACCUCGUCCUGCAGUCCUGACCACAUCAGCCCCCCGUGGAGGGGCUCCUGGUGCUAGACCUGGCGGCCAUUCCACCUCAUCCGAAUCUUCAAAAGAGAUUCAACAGGCUGCCUCAUCCGAUUCUUCAGAAGAGAUCCAUCAGGCUGCACCUCCUCCGGUUGCCCCUAGAGCAAGACUUGCCCCAACCGAACCCGCCCCAGUAACUCCUAGUCCUGCCCUCAGAGCCGCUCCCACUGGCUCAAUCGUCUGGGUCAACCAAGCUCUGCCCGGACCAAACAUAGAAGUCGGGUUGAACAAAAACGGCGCUGCUGGAAUCCACCUGCCGAGGAAGGGAAGCCAGAGUAGUCAAGGUGAGGGUGCGUCGUCAUCGGCUUCAGGUGUCGGUGUAGGUGUAGCUGUCGCAGUCGUAGCCGCGAUCGUCGUGGGUUCCGUCAUCUUCGUCAUCAAGAAGUACAGACACAAUUCUCCCGCUUUAGUCGAAGCUUAAGUCAUACAGGCGAAAUCAAUAAACUUAUAAGGCAUGCGGUUGAUAUAAUUUAUUUCUUUUCUUUUCUUUGAUAUCUAGGCUAGGAAUAAAUGUUAGCCAUGUAAAGUAUUAGGCGAUAGUAAUACGUAAUCCAGGGAUAAAGUUCUGUGUUAAAUCAUUGAUAUUAAAUUAUGUUUUUUUUCAGAGCAUUACUUCCAUGAAAAUCAUAAAACUACAGUAGCUUGUCAAGUAACAAAAGUUUAUGCUCGAUCUAAUUUAACAUGUUUAAGGCUUUACGUGAAGUUUAUGGCUUUGAACCGUUGAUAUGACUCUUCAAGAGAAUGCAUUCUUAUUCGACAGAUUAAUUUUUUCUUACCACCAACACUGAAUUGAUGAAGCUACUACUGUAUAUCCUUAAACAGUUAAAAAGUUGUCGAUAUUCUCUGUCUACCCGUUUUUAUUCUUUGUAAGCUCGUAAGUCAUUUCCCCUCUUUUUCUAAGUUAUAAAUAUAUUAUUUUGCCUGGUAAUUCACACAAUAAGCACACAUUCCUUAUUUGAUUAUGAUUUUGUAACAGGUAAAGUUUACUUUUCUUUUUAUUAAUUCAGAUUCUCUUCUAGAAUAAUUCCCUCACUUCAAAAGCUAUCAACAUUAAAACUAAG